CCCGCGGCAUAUCGAAUAGAAAUCGUGUGAGCGAAACAAACAAAGAUUUUCAAAGCAAUCUGUUAUGUUUAGAAAGGACUAAAACUACAACUACUUUUUAUCCUUCUUUAAAAUGUCGGAAGAUAUGUCUAAGACUGAGAAGGAACGGCAGCUGGACGAAAAAAUAAAAGCUAUGAGAGCCAAGAAUGCAAUGGCUAUGGAGAGAAAGAAAGAAGUGGAUAAAGAUAAACAGCUUGCAGAGAUCAAUAGAUCGAGUGUUACGUCCGUAAUUAAAUCUAAAUAUGAAUCAGAUUCAUAUUUUCCUCCUGAUAGACUGAAAACUAAGCAGAGAACUGCAUCUGAAGAAGUUCCAGAAACGAGAAAAGAAAGUUCAAGGCGCACUGGAGGAAGGUUUGGAGACACUGAGGGGCCUCCACCUGACCCUGGAUACAGGUUUCUAGCGGAUAGGAUGAGAGAAGAGGAGAUCGAGGAAUCAUUCCGUAAAGGUCGGGAUACAGGCCGAACUACUGGAUCGGGAUCUAAAGCAUCUAAGCCAUCAACUGGUAAAUCUGUUAAGGACAGGUUGUCUAACUCUACUUCUAAUAGAAAUGAAGAGAGGGGAAGAGAAAGGAAGCAGGAAGAAGAUGAUAUAGUUGUUAUACUGGAAAAGGACAGGUUUGGUCGAAUUCAAAAUCAUUCGUCUCCUCAAUCCUCAAGAGUUGAAGAUCGUAGAACUGUGAUGAGAAAACAAACGACUGGAGCCAGUACUGCGAUCUCCAAAGAUGUGAAACCUACUAAGAUUAAAAGUUUAUUUGACGAUGAUGAUAAGUAUGUGCCGAAAGAAAAAUGGAUUAGUGAAGAACCCAAGGGUCUAGUAACUCCUCGAAAAAUCGAAGAUCAAAGUGGAAAGAUCACUAUUACAAGAACAGUUGAAAACUUUAAACCCACCAGAGAACCUGAACCUUACAGGGAGAAAAGUAUUCCUCCAAGGUUUGAUAAACGAAGUGAGCGAAGUCCUAGUUUCUCCGGGGACUCAACACAGGAGGAUUUUAGUGUUAGUGAGGUAGCCUGGCAGUGUAGUGAUCCUGCCUGCAACAGAACGAAUCUCCCAGGAACAUUUCAAUGUUCUCACUGUAAACUCGCUUACGUUAAAUCUAAUGAAUACAAGAACAGUCUGGCCUGUGAAAAGUAUAAGCAGGAGUUUACUAGGAAACCUAAACCUAACCAAUAUUCCAACGGUGGGAAUCCUCCAAUUCCUCAACCCUUGUUCCAACCCGAAGCUCAGCUAAGAGAAUGGAAGCCUGAACCUGUGGAGAUGGUUGCAUAUGGAAACGAGUGGAAUCCUGGUCUGAGCAUGAAUCAAUGGCAAUUGUCUCAGGACCUGAUGAUGGCCCAGCAGUAUAGUAUGAUGGUUAACACAGUUCCUGUUGCUAGUUUUCAACCCCCUCCUCCUCAACCCUUCUAUACCCCUACUCAGAUACAUCCUGCUCAGCAGUAUUAUUCCCAACCAGAGUACAUAAGUAACCCGUAUCCUACAGGUCCUCACUUCUCUACCUACCAGGCUCACAACGCUACAAACUUUAAUCCAUCUGCUCAAUCUUUUAUUCCUACCAGUGAACCUGCCCCGGGUCCAAUAUUCCAGACACCUCCCCCUGCCAUUCAUUCAGGGUUACGUAUUCCUUCUCAUCCUGUGAGACCUCCACCUAAUUCAGUUAAACCCCUAGAUCCUAACCUACUCAUUUCUCUGAAGAGUCCUCCUAAACCUUUAGCAUUUAAUCGUGGACAAGAGCCGAGAAAACAGUUCUCCGACGGCACCUAUAGAAACUAUGAGGAGAGUUCUCUAAGCUCUCGACUAACUGAUAAGAAUUCUCAGAACAGUAGAUUACCACCGCGGUUUAAUAAGAACAAGGACUACACUAGUACCGUGAAACCUCCUUCUAUGGUUGAGAUGCAGAGUGGAUCACUGAAGAAAGGUUCUGCUCCUCUCCCUCCUCCAGCUAACAAAGGGAACGGACUGCUCGUUUUUGGGACCUCUAAUGUAAUGAACCACCUGGAUACUCUGAAAAUGUCUAAGAUGUGUAAGUUACCCGUACGACUAGUUGCAGCCAUGAAGCUGGAAACCUUUGAAGAGAAAGUACAGGAGGUCAAUCCGUCCAGAGAUUGGUUGGUUCUCAUCCACGGACUAGGUAAUGAUGCUCGAAAUAUUGCUCUGCGCCGGAAUAGCGAUCAAGAGAAGGCGAAGGAAGCAGACGAAGUGGCAAACAAGUUUUGCGACUUGAUCGAGGACAAAAUUCUCAGUGUUUCCUCUCAUAUCUGUGUUCUCAUAUCAAUGCUUCUGCCCCGAUGUGAUUUCCAGGAGAGGUCCGGAAUGUCCAACCCGAACAAUGUGAGGAAAGUGAUCAAUGUACAGAUAACCUCAAGGUUGUAUGAGAACUCUCGUGUAACCUUGAUCAACUCCGACCCAGUGCUAGUCUGGGAUCAGGACGAAGAAAAGAAGAAGAACCUCAUGCAGUCUGAUGGAUAUCACCUGACGCAAGUUGGAUUUGACCUUAUGGUUGAAAACUGGACUAAAGUACUCUCUAAGCAUUUGAACUUGAAGGUUCCAACGAAAAGUGUAACUUCUCCAUCAUAUGAAGAAAUCCAGAAUCCUCUACUUGAGGAAGAAUCAACCUCAAUCUCUACAGAGGAAGAAGUUGUAGAAUCGGUACCUGAUCCUUUUGAAACCUAUACAGCCCCCUCGGCCGUCCUAUCUCCUAAGACUAAGUUGGAUGGGGAGGAUGUAGAUCUAGAGAGCUCUAAUGAUGAUUGGGAUGAUGACUCAAUACCCAACCUAGAAACUGUCCCACAUAAGUCGGAUGAUGUAAACACUGAUCAAGACCCUACAGCUGCCCCAAUACCGUUCUUCAAUGGGAUAUCUCACUCGGAGAACGGUGACGGUUUUAUUGAGGAUGAUUACUGUGGAGAUGGGGUUGAGAGAUUAGGACCCUUGCCCAGUCUUAAUCUAGUUUCAAGUGGACCAGAGUCAGACUUCGGCCCAGUUUCAGGACUUUACAUGGAGGACAGCUACCUACCUGAGAGUAUAGAGACCCUCUCAAUAUCUCGUAUAUCUACUCAGAUUAAGGAUUUAUCUGCUGAUUCACUACUCUCGGAACCUAUCCAAGAGGAGCUGAUAAAAGCCAAGAGUCUGAUAGAUCAAGUUCAGAUUGAACAGAAGACUGAACUAGCAUAAUCUGUAUUUUUUUUCGGUGCUUUUAUCCUUUCAGUCUUAUUUAACAUUUUUAUAUCUUGGGGUUUUGGGGUUUGCGCUAAAAUUAUAAAAAUAUCCGUGGUUUUUUCUGUCUGAAAAUCCUGUUUCAAUUGCCGUUUCUCUAUUUAAAAUGAUUAGUAGAUUUAUACGGUAGAGAUGAUUUAUCUAAUCUGACAUUCUCAUUGUGAUUCUUUAAAUUGAAGGGAUCGUCGCAAAAAUCAGGUGGAUAGUCCCCGAUCUUUCACGCGGAAAU